UUUCAAUUUGGUUCCGACUACACCAGAAUGUGAAAUCGGCUUUCAGAGACAGGUUUAAGCUUAAUACAGAGUUCAAAGAACGGAGUGGCUACAAGGCAAAAUUGUAGUCGCAUGUGCAGUGUGGUGUUUCCGUUUAUAAAUAUUAUUAGCUGAAGAAAUGGAGGAGUUUCUUAAAUUUAACAGUGUUUAUACGGAUCAGUAUCACAAGAUCGCCAAGGAAUUUAAGAGGAUAGGGAAAAUAUUUACUUGGACCAUGCAGGAGCUACAUUGUAUUCAGAAAAAACAAAUGCAGCAUGUUUUCACGGAACUCACCUCCAAUAUUUAUGACAAUCCUCAUUCUAUGAACAUGUCUGGUAAACUUACAGAAGAUGCAGUCGACUUGGUUCGUUUUCGUAUUUUAGAUCAUUUCAAUACCAACGAUCAGGAGUAUUCAAUUGUAUUUACAUCUGGUGCUACCUCAGCUCUGAAGACGAUCGCAGAAUGCUUUGAUUAUGGAGAAAAUGGCACGCUGGCAUACCUCCAGCACAACCACACAUCAGUUCUUGGAAUGAGGUGCUUUUCCAAACGAUAUACCGAGGUGAAAGUUGAAGAUGCUUUCGAAAUCGAAGAUCAUAGCGAAGAAACCUCAUCACUAAGUGAUGCUGGUAAUGGUCUCUUUGUAUAUCCUGCUCAAUGUAACUUCUCAGGAACGAAGUUUCCGCUAUCUUGGAUUGAAAGGGUAAAAGCUGGAAAGCUUAACAAGCUUGUAAAAGUACCUUGCAAGCGCUGGUACGUAGUUUUGGAUUGUGCUUGUUACGUAUCCACGAAUCAUUUGGACCUUUCGUUAUGGAAACCAGAUUUUGUGUGUAUAUCGUUUUACAAACUUUUUGGGUAUCCCACCGGAUUAGGAGCGCUUUUGGUGAAGAAGACGAGCGAAGAAAUGCUCGUGAAGAAAUAUUUUGGUGGAGGUACGGUGCAAAUGGCGCUAAGCUCCCAAAUGUUAUGGUACCGAGAAAUAGACUACAUGAAAGAUUCGAAGAUGGGACAUUACCAUUUCUGUCCAUUCUUGCUGUGAAGCAUGGCUUCGAUACAAUACGCAGGCUUGGUUUGAAUUUUGAUCUAAUAUCAAAACAUGUGUUCAGUUUGGCGCAGUAUACUUAUAGAAAUUUGAUCACGAUGCAUCAUUCGAAUGGCCAACCGGUUGCAGUAUUAUAUCACGACACUGUGUUCGAUAACAGAUCUCAUCAGGGAGCUAUUGUGAAUUUUAACCUAUUGAGACCCAAUGGAGAAUAUAUCGGCUAUUCGGAGGUAUUACAUAUGGCGAAUUUACACCAAAUCCAUUUGAGGACAGGAUGUUUUUGCAAUCCCGGAGCUUGUCAACGCAGCUUAAAACUAGAUACCAGUGAAGUAGUAAAGCACUACGAGGCAGGACAUGUAUGCGGUGAUCAACGCGAUCUAGUACAAGGAUGUCCUACAGGAUCGGUGAGAAUCUCAUUCGGAUAUAUGACUACUAAGGAAGAAGCCGACAAGUUUCUUAACAUGAUUGAAUCAUGUUUCGUAGCCUUACCGUUAACAAGAAAAUAUCCCAAAGACUGGAAACAAAUCAAUGACAAUUAUCGCAGGUUAUUCAGUCCUUCAGUUCAAACCAAGGCAAGAAAGCUUCCCAAAAAUUGCGUUGAACCAAAUUCUGUUGAUCCGGUGAAUCACAACGUUGUUACUAAAUGUCAUAAAAGUAGUGUAAUUGAUAUUAAAAGGAAUACAGUAGGUACAUUACAACAAAUCCUGCUAUAUCCUAUAAAAUCUUGUGGUGCCUUUUCCGCUUCUGGAAGUUGGGAACUCACGCCCAAAGGGCUGAAGUAUGAUCGAGAAUGGAUGAUAGUAAACUCGGCUGGUGUUAGUCUAACACAAAAAUACAAUAAGAAGAUGUGCUUGCUGAUGCCAGAAGUAGACUGUGUUAAGAAAAAAAUGAGACUGAAAUUUAAAGGAUUUCCUGAUGCUGAAAUCGGCAUUGGUGAUCUUGUCGAAGAAAAGAAAAUGCAUUUGUGUCAGAGUAAAGUAUGCGGUGACAGAGUCCUUGGUUGGGACUGUGGAGAUGAGAUUUCUGAUUGGCUGUCGGAGUGCUUAGAAAUGCCUGGAUUGAGACUCCUGAGGCAGUGUGAUUCGGACGAAUAUAAUAAAGAUUCUGCGAUGAGCCUCUCAUUUGCAAACAAAGCUCAAUAUUUAUUGAUAAAUUCGGCAAGUGUAUCAUGGCUACUGGAUCAGAUUCCCGAUGAGAAUUUUGUUGAACGAAUAAACACAACCGUUUUGAGAUUCAGACCAAAUUUUGUUGUGGACCUAGGAAAAUCAUUCACAGAAAAUGAUGCUGAUGAAUUUGUUAUAGGCAAACUUCGUUUCAAGGUUGUAGGUAACUGUACGAGAUGUCAGAUGAUAUGCAUAAAUCAAGAAACAGGCGAAGCCUCCAAAGAGCCAUUAGCGACUCUUUCAAGGGCAUUUAAGGGCAAGGUGAACUUUGGAAUAUAUUUGAAUCUGGAUGUGGUAGAAAAUGUUCGAAUUAGCAUAGGAAGUGACGUUGUUAGAAAAUAACUAGACGAGUAAUAAAGUAACGUGAUAAAAAUAAAUAAA